GCUUCGGACACGAUCGACAACGUGAAGGCCAAGAUCCAGGACAAGGAGGGCAUCCCCCCCGACCAGCAGCGCCUCAUCUUCGCGGGGAAGCAGCUCGAAGACGGCCGCACGCUCAGCGACUACAACAUCCAGAAGGACCCUUCUCCUCCAGAGUCCACGCUGCACCUGGUCCUGCGCCUCCGCGGGGGCGUGAUCGAGCCGUCCCUGGCGGUGCUGGCGCGCAAGUACAACUGCGACAAGAUGAUCUGCCGGAAGUGCUACGCGCGUCUGCCGGCGCGUGCUGUGAAUUGCCGCAAGAAGAAGUGCGGCCACACCAACUACCUGCGCCCGAAGAAGAAGCUGAAGUGA